AUGGAUAUUGAACUCACUGAACUUCCCAAGACUGAGCCAGAGGUUGAGGCUACAACGGUCGCAAUCCCGGAGGACGUUGACUUUGUUGAGGACAAUGUGCAUACUUAUUGUGCGCCUUUCCAGUGGCUUCUUAUAGUUCUCACAAUUCUAUCUUCAACCUUCCUUUUCUCGCUCGACAAUACAAUUGUUGCUGAUGUACAGUCUCCUGUAGUUGAGGCGUUCGGCGACGUCAACAAGUUAAGCUGGCUUGGUGUCGCCUUUGCCCUAUCCUCUUCCGCGACAAUAAUCACUUGGGGCAAACUCUAUGCAAUUUUUAGCGCAAGAACCAUCUACCUUGGCUCAAUUGUUCUAUUCGAGAUUGGCAGCACUAUCUGCGGCGCUGCUCGAAAUAUGAAUGUCUUUAUUGCUGGACGCGCCAUUGCUGGCCUUGGGGGCGCUGGAAUGUACUUAGGAUGUCUGACUUUGUUAUCCGUCACAACCUCCGUUCGUCAGCGACCGGCGUAUAUGGCGCUUACAGGAAUAACCUGGGGAAGUGGCACAGUGCUGGGCCCCAUUGUCGGCGGCGCAUUUUCUCAAAAUGUUAACAUGACAUGGAGAUGGGCCUUUUACAUCAAUCUCUGUAUCGGAGGAAUUCUCUCACCCGUCUUUGUCUUUUAUCUUCCUAAAGGAGACCCUCAGCCCGAGGUCCGCCUCAAGCGCAAGCUCUUACAAAUCGACUAUUUGGGAAUUCUUUUGAACACCGGGACAUUCUCGGCACUCAUAAUGGCAAUAAACUUCGGAGGAACUCUUUUUGCCUGGGGAGCAGGUCAAGAAAUCGCCUUGUGGGUUGUUGGUGGUGUGUUGCUUAUAAUGUUUGCCUUACAGCAAAGAUUCACACUUGGUACCACGGAGGGUGAACGCAUCUUCCCAGCAGAUUUUCUUUCCAGGCCUUUGAUGUGGCUCUUGUUUGCAGAGAUGAGUGCAGCUGGAACAUGCGUCUUUAUCCCGACUUACUACAUUCCACUCUAUUGUCAAUUUGUUAUUGGUGAUUCCCCUCUCACGGCGGCUGUCAGACUGCUUCCAUUUAUUUUAUUGAUGGUAUUCUUUGGUCUUCUGAAUGGAGCCAUGAUGAUGAGGUUUGGGCUUUAUAUGCCUUGGUAUCUUGUUGGUGGUAUUCUUACCAGUGUUGGAGGAGGUUUGAUGAGCACAGUUGAUGAGUUGACACCGAUUGCCCGCAUCUAUGGCUACUGUGCUCUUAUUGGAAUUGGCUCAGGACUGUUCAUACAAACGAGCUUCUCGGUUGCGCAAGCCAAAAACUUCCGCUCCCGCGGAUCCGACGCCACGUCAUUUAUCGCUCUCGCUCAGAAUUUAGGAAUUGUACUCGCAUUAGCUAUUUCCGGAGCAAUUUUUCAGAAUCAAGCACUGGGAAAGCUCGAGAAACUUCUCCCGGACUACCCGCGGGAGGUCCUGCAAGGUGCGCUUAUGGGAACGAACAGCGACCUCCUGAAACAUAUCCCCAAGGAAGUUCAGCGUGAAGCACUCCAUGCCAUUGUGAACGCCAUGUCUCACACCUAUUAUCUUGUCAUUGCUGCAGGCGUAAUGGCAGCUGUGGGAUCUUUGGUCAUGAAGAGAGAGCGAAUCUUCAUCCAAGCCGCUACAAUAGCCUAG